AUGUCAUCGUCACCAUCUACUGGAUACCAACAACACCAUCAUCGCAACAACAACCCUGAUUCAUCAUCGUCAGCUUUGGUUUCCGAUUCAGACUACGAUGUCAAUGAUACUUCACCUCCAUCUGCACCAACCCCCCCUUUAAGAAGAUCUUCAUCGUUAUUUUCCCUUUCUUCGAAAGAGGAUAUUCCCAAACCAGAACAGACUGAAUACUUGAAAUUUAUCAAUGAUAAUAGACACUUCAGUUUAAUAAGAAACUUACAUAUGGCUGAUUUCAUCACAUUAUUGAAUGGGUUCAGUGGGUUCUACGCUAUAAUAUCUUGUUUAAGAUAUUCAUUAACUGGAAAAUCAAACUAUGUUCAGAGAGCUCAUUUCUUUAUUGUUUUGGGAUUAUUUUUUGAUUUCUUUGACGGUAGGGUUGCCAGAUUAAGAAAUAAAUCCUCGUUAAUGGGCCAAGAAUUGGAUUCAUUAGCUGAUUUAGUCAGUUUUGGUGUUUCUCCAGCAACAAUUGCUUUUGCUAUUGGAUUCCAAUCAACUAUUGAUGUUUUGUUGUUGACUUUUUGGGUCUUGUGUGGAUUGACAAGAUUAGCAAGGUUUAAUAUCUCAGUAAAUAAUAUUCCUAAGGACAAGACGGGUAAAUCACAGUAUUUUGAAGGAUUACCUAUCCCAAGUAAUUUAUUUUGGGUAGGGUUGAUGGCGUUUUUGGUUUAUAAGGAUUGGAUUCAUGACAAGUUACCAUUGGGUUUGGUUUUCGCCAAUACUCCUUAUGAAUUUCAUUUAUUAGCUAUCGGAUUUGUAUUACAGGGAUGUGCUAAUAUUUCGAAAUCUUUGAAAAUUCCAAAACCAUAG